AUGGAUGCAUCGUCUUCACCGUCUCCUUCCGAGGAAAGCUUGAAGCUUGAACUCGAUGAUCUGCAGAAACAGCUCAACAAAAAGCUGAGAUUCGAGGCAUCAGUCCGUUCUAUCCAUUCUCUUCUCCGUGAUCGCUACACUUCCUCCUCUCCUUCUCUCCGCAAACAGUUCUAUAUAGUUGUAUCUCGUGUGGCAACGGUUCUCAAGACAAGAUACACAGCCACCGGGUUUUGGGUUGCGGGGCUGAGCCUUCUCGAGGAAGCUGAGCGGCUCGUCUCUGAUGCUUCCGAGAAGAAACACUUGAAGUCUUGCAUUGCUCAAGCCAAGGAGCAGCUAACCGAAGUAGAUAACCAGCCAACCGAGAGCUCGCAGCCACAGGGUUAUCUUUUCGAAGGACAUCUAACUGUUGAUCGCGAGCCGCCGCAGCCUCAGUGGCUAGUGCAGCAGAAUCUCAUGUCUGCUUUCGCUUCCAUCGUUGCUGGUGAAUCUUCCAAUGGCCCUGCCGCUGAAAACACUCUUGGGGACACGGCCAGUUUGAUGCAAGACUUCAUCAACGGUCUUGACAGUAUCAUCCCGGAGAUGCUAGAAGAUGGUGGACCACCAAGAGCUCCACCGGCGAGUAAAGAAGUUGUGGAGAAACUUCCGGUGAUUGUUUUCAGUGAGGAGAUGCUUAAGAAGUUGGGAGCAGAGACGGAAUGUUGCAUUUGCAAGGAGAAUCUGGUGAUCGGCGACAAAAUGCAGGAGCUGCCAUGCAAGCAUACAUUCCACCCUCCUUGCCUAAAGCCUUGGAUGGACGAGCAUAACUCUUGCCCUAUAUGCCGCCAUGAAUUACCGACAGACGAUCAGAAGUACGAGAGCUGGAAAGAGAGGGAGAAGGAGGCUGAGGAAGAGCGGAAAGGCGCAGAGAAUGCUGUCAGAGGAGGUGAAUAUAUAAUUCCGAUCAACGAGAUGGCGGACGCUGAGACUUUUGCUUUCCAAGCGGAGAUCAACCAGUUGCUCUCCCUCAUCAUCAAUACCUUCUACAGCAACAAGGAGAUCUUCCUUCGUGAGCUCAUCAGUAACUCCUCCGAUGCGUUGGACAAGAUUAGGUUCGAGUCAUUGACCGAUAAGAGCAAGCUCGAUGGCCAGCCAGAGCUUUCAUUCACAUCAUCCCUGACAAGACUAACAACACCUUGA